AUGUCGGUACCUUUUGAUGUUAAGAUGUCACCACUUUCUCAAGUGGAUGGGUCUGCACGUCUCAUAGCAGGAAACACAAAGGUUGUUGUUUCUGUCACUGGACCAAUAGAAUCUAAACCUAGACAAGAAUUACCCACACAAGCCAGUUUGGAAAUUGUUGUCAGACCAAGCAGAGGCCUUAGUUCUACCAGAGAAAAAGUGUUAGAGGAUCUUCUAAGGUCUGUCUUGCAGCUGGUGAUUGUGAGAUAUAAGUUCCCUAGACAACUUUUCCAGAUCGUGGUGCAGUUUUUGGCAACUGACCUUGAUUCUGAAGGAUCUGUCAUUGUAUCUGGAGAGACUGCUGCUGCUGGCGCUGAUUAUACUGCCAACGAACUCAGUUGUGCAUUAAAUUGUUCCUACUUUGCACUCAUAGACGCAAAUGUGCCAUUAUUCAACUCUUUUGCUGCCGUGUCGAUGGUUAUCGACAAGGACGGUAACUAUGUGACUACUCCGUCGCUUUCUGAACUUCAGAAGUCCUCCAGUCAUCACGUUGUUUGCUUUGAUAUCAGAGAUAAGAAAGCAAGUAAAAUCUUGCUAAUUGAGAGUGAUGGCUCUUUUACUGAACUGGAAUUAAUCAAAGUAGUGGAGAAGGGAAGCAGGAUAUGUGAAGAGGUUCAUCAGUCUUUCCAGCGUCCAACAAUCGAGGAGAAGAUCCAGAAGGAUUUCAUCUGGUCUGACAAAUAG